CUGUACUGCGGCUUCCAGCAGACGGCCGACCGCUGCGCCAUCUGUGGUCAUCUCAUAAUGGAGAUGAUUCUGCAGGCGAUGGGCAAGAGUUAUCACCCGGGCUGUUUCCGAUGCCAACAAUGCAACGAGUGUCUGGACGGCGUGCCCUUCACCGUCGACGUCCAGAACCGCAUCUUCUGCGUCAACGAUUACCACAAACUGUUCGCGCCGAAAUGCGCCGCCUGUCAGCAGCCGAUCACGCCGCUCGAGGGCUCGGAGGAGACGGUGCGCGUGGUGUCGAUGGACAAGGACUUCCACAUUGACUGCUACCAGUGCGAGGAGUGUCGCCAGCAGUUGACGGACGGCACGUGCUAUCCAUUGAACGGACACCUGUUGUGCCAGAAGUGUCACAUCCAACGCAUCCAAUGAACACAUUUUCACAUUUUCAAUAAAAACGGAAAUCCUUUCAUUCC